AUGGCUGAAAUUCACGAUGCAUACGAUACAAUUCUCAUUCUAGACUUUGGAUCCCAGUACAGCCAUCUUAUCACCAGAAGAUGUCGAGAACUCAACGUAUAUGCCGAACUCAUGCCAUGCACUCAGAAAAUAUCCCAGUUGACAUGGAAGCCCAAAGGCAUCAUUCUCUCAGGAUCGCCCUACUCUGUUUACGAUGACGACGCUCCUCAUGUUGAUCCGGAUGUCUUUACGUUUGGAGUUCCCGUGCUGGGCAUAUGCUAUGGUUUACAGGAAAUGGCAUCUUACUUUGGCGGGAAAGUGGGUGGGAGCACGCAUCGCGAAUACGGUCAUGCCGACGUCGAGGUCAUCAAGCUUGGUAACGAGUUCCAGCUGGCCAACAAGCUUUUAGAUGGCCUGGGAGAACAGUUUCAAGUUUGGAUGUCCCAUGGGGAUCAAAUCUCUACUGCUCCAAACGGGUUCCACGUCGUAGGGAAAACCAGGACCGCUCCUUUCGCCGCCAUUGCCCACGAGUCCAAACCAUUUUUCGGUAUCCAGUUCCACCCAGAAGUAACGCAUACCCCCAAGGGCAAAGAUAUCAUCGGUCGCUUCGUCCUCAACAUUUGUGAAUGCGACGCUUCAUGGACAAUGGAAUCUUUCAUCUCCAAAGAAAUCUCUCGUAUCCGGGAACUGGUCGGUGAAACCGCUCAGGUUAUCGGCGCCGUCAGCGGUGGCGUGGACAGCAGCGUAGCUGCAAAGCUGAUGCAUGAGGCUAUUGGUGACCGUUUUCAUGCAAUCCUCGUCGACAACGGCGUACUGCGUAUGAACGAAGCAGCCCGUGUCAAGAAAACACUCUGUGAAGACCUUGGAGUCAACCUACAGGUUGUCGAUGCGUCUGAACUCUUCCUCUCACGUUUAGCCGGCGUCGAGGAUCCGGAGCAAAAGCGAAAGAUUAUUGGCAACACCUUUAUCAACGUGUUCGAAGAAGAGGCAGGACGCAUCGAAAGCCGCGUGGAAGAACAAGGUCGUGGCAAGAUAGAGUUCCUUCUCCAAGGCACACUUUACCCAGAUGUUAUCGAAAGUAUCAGCUUCAAAGGACCCAGUGCGACGAUAAAGACACAUCAUAACGUCGGGGGUCUUUUAAAAGACAUGAAGCUCAAGUUGAUCGAGCCUCUCCGAGAGCUAUUCAAAGACGAAGUCCGUGCAUUAGGUAGACUGCUCUCUAUACCGUCACACCUCGUCGGACGGCAUCCCUUCCCUGGGCCAGGUCUGGCUAUCCGCAUCCUCGGUCCAGUCUCUCGUGAACAAGUUCAGAUCCUCCAAAAGGCGGACAACAUCUACAUCGAGGAAAUUAGAGCCGCUGGGUUGUACGACCAGAUUGCUCAAGCCUUUGCAGUCUUGUUACCCGUAAAGGCCGUAGGUGUGAUGGGCGACAAGAGGACAUACGAGCAGGUCAUUGCGCUACGUGCCGUUCAAUCAGAAGACUUUAUGACAGCAGAUUGGUUUGCAUUCCCCCCAGCGGUGCUGCGAAAAAUAUCUUCGAGGAUUACCAAUGAAGUCGCGGGAGUCAAUCGUGUCACUUACGACAUUUCAUCAAAGCCACCGGGAACAAUUGAGUGGCUCUAA